AUGGGGCAUCCUGCAUUUCAUUAUUUGAUUGUGCAAAUCUCAAACACAUUGGCUAUCCUUUCUGGGGAUUCGGAAAGACCAGACUAUUGUGGCCACCCAAAAUUUGAACUAGAUUGCGAUGGUGAAUAUGCAGAAUCACCAUCAAGUCUGAGAGCUAUCGAGUUCUUAAAGUCAACCCCUCAGCCUCAGGGAACUUCAGGAUCAACUGAGAAGCUGGGUUCGCGAGUUUCUACAGGCAUUUCAACAGGAGUUGGUGGACUUGCUCUAAUCUCAAUUUUGAUUAUUUAUAUUUGCAAGAAGCGUUUCAGAAUAGAAAAUGGGAAAUUAUUCAUAGAGAGAAGAGCAUAUCAUGAUCACAAUCUUAAAUCCUUCAUGAGAAACUAUGUCUCUUUGGCACCAAGGCAAUAUAGUUACUCAGAAGUGAAAAGAAUGACAAAAUCAUUUUCAGACAAAUUGGGCGAAGGAGGGUAUGGUGUUGUAUACAAAGCCAGCCUACCUGAUGGUCGUCUAGCGGCAGUUAAGGUAAUAAGGGAAUCUAAAGGAAGUGGAGAAGAAUUUAUAAAUGAAGUUGCAAGCAUCAGCAGAACCUCCCAUGUUAACAUAGUCACUCUCCUGGGAUUUUGUUAUGAAAGGAACAAAAGAGUACUAAUCUAUGAAUUCCUGUCACACGGUUCUUUGGAUAAUUUCAUCUAUCACAGAGGAUCUCCAAAUGCUUUCUGUACCUUGGAGUGGAAGGUAUUGUACCAAGUUGCUAUUGGCAUUGCUCGUGGACUGGAGUACUUGCAUCGGGGUUGUAACACGAGAAUUUUGCAUCUUGAUAUCAAACCCCAAAACAUUCUCUUGGAUGAAGAAUUUUCCCCAAAAAUAUCUGAUUUUGGAUUGGCCAAAUUAUGUCAAAAGAAAGAGAAUACUGUAUCAAUACUAGGCACAAGAGGAACAAUAGGGUUCAUUGCACCAGAAAUAUUCAGUAGAGCAUUCGGUGGUGUUUCUCACAAAGCAGAUGUUUAUAGCUAUGGCAUGUUGGUCCUUGAAAUGGUUGGAGGAAGGAAGAACUACGACAGUGGAGGAUCACAAACUGAUGAGCAGUAUUUUCCAGAUUGGAUUUAUAAGGAUCUUGAACAUGGAAAGCAUCCCGCUAGUUCUUUAGUAAUCACAGAGGAAGAUGAUGAGGUGGUAAGGAAGAUGACUUUAGUGAGUCUAUGGUGUGUUCAAACCAAUCCAUCAGAUAGACCAGCUAUGAGUAAAGUGGUAGAAAUGUUAGAAGGACCCCUUCAAUCCUUAACGGUUCCUCCAAAGCCAUCCCUUGAAUAUCCUACCAAAUCAUCAGUAGUUAUACAAUUGUCAAAUGCAUCUUCAGAAGACGUGAUUCAGACAGUUUCAAUAAGCAGUUGACUUGUAGACUCUACCUACUGCUAAAGACAGUUUAACUUUGAAUUGUCUUGGAAGAUUCAUGGAUAAUUGCCAACUAUUGCUUUCCUUUCUGUUUGUUCAUACAAAUAUGAGGGUCAAUGACCCUUGAAUAAA